CCUCCUUUUCUUUUCCUGAUGCGGGAUCAGGAGAGAUGGCCGAGGCCGCCCCAGAGAUAAGCCGGCGGCCCUCGCCCGGGGGGCAGAUGGCGGGUGUGAGGGAUUGCCUCCGGAGGAGGGCGGCGGCCGGAGCCCUUUGUAGCAGAUGAGUACAUUGAACGCUUGGCAUGGAGGACUCCCGGUGGAGGUUCUCGAGGUGGGAUGGAAGCUUUUGAUCCCAAAAGAUUGCAAGAAGAAUUUGUGAAUCAUAUCAAUGAACUGAAGUUGUUGGAUGAGCGAAUCCAAAGGAGGGUGGAAAAAUUGGAGCAACAAGUCCAAAGGGAAGCUAAGGAGUUUGCCAAGAAAGUUCAAGAACUGCAGAAAAGCAAUCAGGUUGCCUUCCAGCAUUUCCAAGAACUAGAUGAGCAUGUCAGCUAUGUGGCAACUAAAGUCUGUCACCUAGGUGACCUGCUGGAGGGGGUAAAUACACCAAGGCAACGGCUAGUAGAGGCUCACAAACUGAUGAAAUACUUUAAUGAGUUUCUAGAUGGAGAGCUGAAGUCUGACGUUUUCACCAAUCCUGAAAAGAUCGAAGAGGCAGCUGAUAUUAUCCAGAAGCUGCAUCUGAUAGCACAGGAAUUACCCUUUGAAAGGUUUUCUGAUGUAAAAUCUAAAAUAGCAAGUAAGUACCAUGACUUAGAGUGCCAACUAAUCCAAGAGUUUACCAAUGCACAAAGAAGGGGGCAAAUCUACAAGAUGAGAGAAGUAACUGCAGUUUUGCUACAUUUUAAGGGCUAUUCCCACUGUGUCGAUGUGUAUAUAAAACAGUGCCAAGAGGGUGCCUAUUUGAGAAAUGAUAUUUUUGAAGAUACAGCCAUUCUGUGUCAGACUGUGAAUAAACAAGUUGGCGAUAUAUUUAGUAGUCCCGAGACAGUGAUGGCCAAACUUAUUCAGAAUAUCUUUGAAAUUAGACUUCAGGGUUAUAUAAAAGACCAGUUAGAAGAACACAAGAAAUCGGAUGCAGAGCAAUAUCUUCAGAGUCUUUAUGACCUGUACACAAGGACUACUAAUCUUUCAAGCAAAUUGAUGGAGUUUAACUUGGGCACUGAUAAGCAGACUUUCCUAUCUAAGCUUAUCAAAUCCAUCUUUGUUUCUUACUUGGAGAAUUACAUUGAGGUGGAAAUUGGUUAUUUGAGAAGCAGGAGCUCCAUGAUUCUGCAGCGCUAUUAUGAUUCCAAAAAUCACCAGAAGAGAACUAUUGGAGGUGGAGGUAUUCAAGACCUCAAAGAGAGAAUACGACAGCGAACCAACCUGCCUUUAGGCCCAAGCAUUGAUACCCAUGGCGAAACUUUCUUAUCCCAGGAUGUUGUGGUUAAUUUAUUACAAGAAACCAAGCAAGCUUUUGAAAGGUGUCAUAGGCUUUCAGAUCCUUCUGAUUUGCCAAAGAAUGCUUUCAGGAUUUUCUCUUUGCUUGUGGAUUUCUUCUGCAUUGAGCAUAUUGAUUAUGCUGUGGAAACUGGGCUGGCUGGUAUUCCAUCUCCAGAUGCCAAGAAUGCAAAUCUUUAUUUCCUGGAUAUUGUAAAUCAGGCUAAUACCAUUUUUCAUCUUUUUGAUAAGCAGUUCAAUGACCAUCUGAUGCCAUUGGUGAACUCUUCUCCUAAGCUUUCUGAAUGUCUUCAGAAGAAAAAGGAUAUCACAGAACAAAUGGAAGUGAAAUUGGAUAUGGGUAUAGAUAGGACACUAAAUUGCAUGAUUGGACAGAUGAAGCACAUCUUAGCAGCUGAACAAAAGAAGACUGAUUUCAAACCAGAAGAUGAGAACAAUGUUCUGAUUCAGUACACUAAUGCCUGUGUCAAAGUCUGUGCCUAUGUUAGAAAGCAACUGGAAAAGAUCAGGAAUUCUAUGGAUGGCAAGAAUGUGGACAGUGUUCUGAUGGAGUUUGGUGUUCGUUUCCAUCGGCUUAUUUAUGAGCAUCUACAGCAAUAUUCCUACAGCUGCAUGGGUGGCAUGUUGGCAAUCUGUGAUGUGGCUGAAUACAGAAAGUGUGCCAAAGAGUUCAAGGUUGCGUUGGUAUUGCAGCUUUUUGACACGCUACAUUCCCUUUGCAACCUCCUGGUUGUAGCCCCAGAUAACUUGAAGCAGGUCUGCUCAGGAGAGCAACUGGCUAUUCUAGAGAAGAAUAUUCUCCAUUCCUUUGUACAGCUCCGCUUUGACUACAGAUCUGCUCGUCUUGGUCGCCACUUCAGCUGAGUGUGCAGAAGAAGGAAACCAAGGCUUCACAAGGACUUGGUUUUAUCAGCAACAUAAGAAAGUGGCUUUUGAUUAAAAAGUUGCUUGGAUGAACAAACUGUAAUAACUAAAUUGGUCUUUACCACUGUCCUGUUUUCAUCUUGCUUCUGGAAUAAAUAAUCUUAUCAGGUUCCUCCUA